UCAAAUUCUGCUGGAGAAAGUAUAGGCACCGUGAUUCACAUGGUUAAAUGUUCAUUUAGUAGGAACUGGAGUGAAAAAAUACUGUUUCAACUUGAAAUGCUAGAAGAUUGUUGUUCUUGUGUUACUCAUUCAUGCAAAUUGGAGAAGGUAUAAUUGAAACAAGGUUGGCAGUGUUUGAGGCAGUUUGCUGCAGCUGAGCUCAGCUUAAAGGUCGCUGGAAAUCAAGUGCUUUGUAAGUGAAGGCAUUUUGACUACAAGCAAUUCAAGAUAUUUGGACACGUCAGUCUCAGGAAUGGGUCGUCUUUUUCUUUCUAUGAUAUCUGGUAUCUAAGGUUUUACUUAGGAUAAAGACUACUACUUAAGAAGCUCAAUUAGGCACCACAAAUGAUUUUUUCUUUCGAUGCAGUGCAGCUGCUUCUAGCCUGUCUACCGACAGAGAUCUUUGUUAUGACUUUCAGCCCUUAACAUGUUUGGAAAUGAGAACAAAUGGCACAAAGUUUACGAUUGCACUUUGCAGCCAGAAGAAGCAACACUUACCCUUUGUCAGAAACCUCCAGAGAUGAUUUGGAGAGCAAUGUUCCCAUGUGCUUCCAAAGACCAACACGGAUUUCAGCGUCUAACGUUGUUCAGAUGAAGCUGACUCCUAGACAGACUGCAUUAGCUCCGUUAAUAAAGGAAAACGUUAAGUCUCAGGGAAGAUCAUCUGUUCCUUCACCUGAAAAUGUUAAUAAAAAGAGCAGCUGCCUGCAGAUUUCACUACAGCCAACAAGGUACAGUGGAUGUCUUCAGUCUAGCAAUGUCUUAGCCGAUGGUGAUGAUGCUUCAUUUGCUUGCGUCUUGAAGGACGGCAUUUACAGCAGUGUUGUGGUUGAUAAUGAGCUGAAUGCUGUGAAUGGUGGUGACCUUUUAGGCAGUUCUGCCAUUCGCAGUGGCCUUAGUAACUUUUCAGCCAGUGAGAAUGGGUCUUGCAGCAGCAACUGUAGUGAUUAUGGGUCAUGCACAAGUAUCACAAGUGGAGGUUCGUAUGCCCACAGUAUCAUCAGUGACAGCAGUGGUUAUACUUUCCCACCAACUGAUGAUGCUUUUUUUGGUGGAACUUUAUCUUCUGACAGCACCUCCCGUAGAAGUGUGCCAAACAGGAAUUCUACUCCAUGUGAAAUUUUUUCCAGAAGCUCAAGUACAGUUCCCUUCAUCCAAGAUGACCUGGAGCAUGGACUGGAGAUGAUGAAAUUGCCAGUGGGUAGGAACUCAAAAAUUCCACUAAAACGUUGUUCAUCCUUAGUCAUUUUUCCUAGGAGUCCUUCAAAUACUCCACCAACUUCUCCAACAAGUACCGGUACUCUUCCAAGCAAAGGAUCCUAUCAAACCUCACACCAGUUUGUUAUUUCUCCUAGCGAAAUUGCCCACAGUGAAGAUGGUACUAGCACUAAGGGAUUUCUUUCAACAGCUGUCAAUGGCCUUCGGUUAUCUAAGACAAUGUGUAUUCCCGGAGAAUUAAGAGACAUACAACCACUUCACAGGAAGGGCUCAUUUCAAAAGAAAAUUGUUAUUGCAAAUAAUAGUCCAAACCAGACUGCCUGUGAAAAGUCAUCUGAAGGAUAUUCUUGUGUUUCAGUGCAUUUCACCCAACAAAAAGCAACGACAUUCAAUUGUGAAACAGCAAAUGGUGAUUGUAAACCAGACAUUUCAGAAAUUAAGCUUAAUUCUGAUUCACAGUAUAUUAAGUUUAUGCAUAGGACAUCUGCAUGUUUACCAUCCUCCCAAAAUGUAGAUUAUCAGAUAAAUAUCAAUGGACAGUUGGAAAGACCAAAUUUACAGAUAAACAAAAACGAUGGCAUUUUACAAAGAAGUAUUUCAUUGAGAGGAACUUACCCAAAUGUUUCCUGUUUAUCCAGCCUUAAGCACAAUUGUUCUAAGGGGGGACCAUCUCAGUUGCUCAUAAAGUUUGCAUCUGGAAAUGAAGGUAAAGUUGAUAAUUUAUCAAGAGACAGCAAUAGAGAUUUCACAAAUGAACUCUUUAAUUCUUUGAAGCAUUCUUCUAAGACAAGAGAUGAUUUCCUAGGUCAAGUGGAUGUUCCUCUUUAUCCAUUACCGACAGAAAAUCCAAGAAUGGAGAGACCAUAUACAUUUAAGGAUUUUGUUCUUCAUCCAAGAAGUCAGAAAUCAAGAGUUAAAGGUUAUCUGAGAUUAAAAAUGACUUAUUUACCUAAAACCAAUGGCUCAGAAGACGAUAACCCAGAACAGGCUGAGGAAUUAGAGCCUGGCUGGGUUGUCUUGGACCAACCAGAUGCUGCGUGCCAUUUGCAGCAUCAACAAGAACCUUCUCCUCUACCUCCAGGAUGGGAAGAAAGGCAGGAUAUUCUUGGAAGGACCUACUAUGUAAACCAUGAAUCUAGAAGAACGCAGUGGAGAAGACCAACCCCUCAAGACAACCUAACAGAAGCUGAGAAUGGUAACAUCCAACUGCAAGCACGUGCAUUUACCACCAGGCGGCAGAUAUCUGAGGAAACAGAAAGUAUUGACAAUCGAGAGUCUUCUGAGAACUGGGAAAUUAUAAGAGAAGAUGAAGCCACCAUGUAUAGCAAUCAGGCUUUCCCAUCACCCCCACCAUCAAAUAAUUCGGAUGUUCAGGCUCAUCUUGCAGAAGAAUUGAAUGCCAGACUCACUAUUUGUGGAAAUCCAGCCACCAGCCAGCCAGUAUCCAGCUCAAAUCAUUCCAGCAGAAGAGGCAGUUUACAAGCCUAUACGUUUGAGGAACAGCCUACACUUCCUGUGCUUUUGCCUACUUCAUCUGGAUUACCACCAGGUUGGGAAGAAAAACAAGAUGAGAGAGGUAGAUCAUAUUACGUAGAUCACAAUUCCAGAACUACUACUUGGACAAAGCCCACUGUACAGGCCACCAUGGAGACUGGACAGUUGCUGCCAAGCCAGAGCUCCUCUUCAUGCACUCAACCACAGGUCCCCACAGGUGAUUCAGCACAGCAGGUGACCCAGCCAUCUGAAGUGGAGCAAGGAUUCCUUCCUAAGGGCUGGGAGGUCCGGCAUGCACCAAAUGGGAGGCCUUUCUUUAUUGACCACAACACCAAAACCACCACCUGGGAAGAUCCAAGACUGAAAAUUCCAGCUCAUCUGAGAGGAAAGAUGUCACUUGAUUCUUCCAAUGAUCUGGGACCUUUACCUCCAGGGUGGGAAGAAAGAACUCACACAGAUGGAAGAAUCUUCUACAUAAAUCACAAUAUAAAAAGAACACAGUGGGAAGAUCCUCGGUUGCAGAAUGUAGCAAUAACUGGACCAGCAGUGCCCUACUCCAGGGAUUACAAAAGAAAGUAUGAGUUCUUCCGAAGAAAGUUGAAGAAGCAGAAUGACAUUCCUAACAAAUUUGAAAUGAAACUUCGCCGUGCAACCAUCCUUGAGGAUUCUUACAGGAGAAUCAUGGGUGCCAAGAGGGCAGACUUCCUCAAGGCGCGACUGUGGAUCGAGUUUGAUGGCGAAAAGGGAUUAGAUUAUGGAGGCGUUGCCAGAGAAUGGUUCUUCCUCAUCUCGAAGGAAAUGUUUAAUCCUUAUUACGGGCUGUUUGAAUAUUCUGCUACGGAUAAUUAUACUCUACAGAUAAACCCAAACUCUGGACUGUGUAAUGAGGAUCACCUCUCUUACUUCAAGUUCAUUGGUCGGGUAGCUGGAAUGGCGGUUUAUCAUGGCAAACUGUUGGAUGGUUUUUUCAUCCGCCCAUUUUACAAGAUGAUGCUACACAAACCUAUAACACUUCAUGAUAUGGAAUCAGUGGAUAGUGAAUAUUACAAUUCACUAAGAUGGAUUCUUGAAAAUGAUCCAACAGAACUGGACCUCAGGUUUGUCAUAGAUGAAGAACUUUUUGGACAGACCCAUCAACAUGAGUUGAAAAGCAGUGGAUCAGAAAUAGUUGUCACCAAUAAGAAUAAAAAAGAAUAUAUUUAUCUUGUAAUACAGUGGCGGUUUGUAAACCGAAUCCAGAAGCAAAUGGCCGCUUUUAAAGAGGGAUUUUUUGAACUAAUACCACAGGACCUCAUCAAAAUUUUUGAUGAAAAUGAACUAGAGCUUCUUAUGUGUGGACUGGGAGACGUUGAUGUGAAUGACUGGAGGGAACACACCAAGUAUAAAAACGGCUACAGUGUAAAUCAUCAAGUCAUACAGUGGUUCUGGAAGGCUGUUUUAAUGAUGGAUUCCGAAAAAAGAAUAAGAUUACUUCAGUUUGUCACUGGCACAUCUCGUGUGCCUAUGAACGGAUUUGCUGAAUUAUAUGGCUCAAACGGACCUCAGUCGUUCACAGUUGAACAGUGGGGCACCCCAGAAAAGCUGCCAAGAGCCCAUACGUGCUUUAACCGCUUGGACUUGCCACCCUAUGAAUCAUUUGAAGAAUUAUGGGAUAAGCUUCAGAUGGCAAUUGAGAACACUCAAGGUUUUGAUGGUGUUGAUUAGAUGACGAUCUACUGUGUUUUACUACCACUUUGAUUUAAGCCAAAUCUUGACUUAUAAUUUUCUGGGGAACUACUAAAAUUUGGCGCUUGUUUCUUCCCAGGUAUUGGAGAAAGUCAUAUUAAAGUAUUAGAAGCAAUAGUAUGACAACUUUACCCUAUUUCAUCCACUUUUAAAUAAUGGGUAGCAUUUACACAGCUGUUUCAUUCUAGCUUUAAGACUCUACAGUGUAAAGUCCUCUGUGCCUGAAAAAGUGGGUUUUGUCCUUGACAUUUACCUCUUCGACAGUGUUUUCCAGGCAGUUCUUUCUUAAACUACUGAAAUGAUAACUGUGAAAUAUGUGUGACAAGUGUCAUGUGUGAAAAGUUUCAUGCUUUUUGAGAAGGAAAACUAAGAUUUGGGAAAGAAUUCCUUAACAUUGAGUAAACUACACCAUAUUCAUGCUGCCUGCAGCUAUUUAUUAUUUCAUAGACCUGCCUAAUGCAUCUCACUGCCUGAAUUUUUGGAAAAACCUUUGAAAGUGUGCUACUUAUAUUUUUAGUCAACUGACUCACUUGUUUAAAAAAAAUUGUUUACUUCUUCACUUUAAAAGUAUUUGGCUUUUGUUAAUAUGCAGUUUUACUAAAAAGGUGGUUCAUAAGAGAUGUGAAGCAAAGUCUGAUUUGCAAAGAGUGAAAAGUAUUAACGCCUGCUCUUGCCUGCAGUCCUGUGGGCCACUGGUGUACAGUCACCACCUUUCCUGUUUUAGGUUAGUUUAAGAAAAGAAUUCCUUCUGCAAACAUUGAACUAAGGCUCCACAAAGCAGUAUUUCUAAAUGAGCUUUGAAGGACUAAGUUAAAUGUAUAGCACUUGCCUUCACUAGUCAUUCUUUAUACUUGCACAAUUAUGUAGUGAAUAUAUGUUUACAGGGUUUAUUGCAUUUACAGAGUAAGCUAAUUUCUGUAGUUGCAUUUUUAUAUUUUUAGUAUUUUACUUUUAUCAAAAAACCAAAUAAUUUGUUAAGAAAUAACCAAAGAAUAGUUACGAUGCAUAAUUUGUAUUAAAUUUAUUACCAUAUUUCUUAUGCUUUUUAAAAUUGCUGUAAACUCUAAGUCCAAAACUCUUCAGGCAAAAUGUUACAGCUAGAAUCCUACUUUAAACAAAUUAAAGUACAUCAAAAUCACAUACAUGCAUUCAAACAAACAUUCACUAAAUGUGUGCUAUAUGCACAGCAUUGGGCUAAGCCCUGGGGGUGAGAAUUGUCAGCUUCAAAGAAAUAUAGUUCAGUCAUCAUCCUCAAGGAACUUAAUGGACGUGCAAAUGAAUUUGUAAACAAUCAAAAAGCAGGGGCGAUAAGAAGGCGGCAAAGGAGAAAUUGUUCUAGUGCACCUGCAAAGAUAAAGUGUGCCCAGACUGUAUUUAUAUGUUUCAUACCUAUAUUGGAAUGAUUAGAUAGAAAGUGCUCUUGCAAAAACUUAA